AUGCGAGUUCGUACUGUACAGUGGUAUAAAACUAUAUUACACAAGCUCUACGGUACCGGCGGUGGCGGUGGCAACGGCAACGGCGGCGGCGGCGGCGGUGGAGGCGGUGGCGGCGGCGGCGGAGGAGGCGCGGGCGGCGGCGACCAGUCGUCCGCCGCGGCCGUGGCCGCGGCCGCCGGCCUCAACUACACGAAGACGGAGCCGUGCGUGAGCAAAUCGGACGCCGCGGCCGCGGCCCACCAGAACGGUUACGCGUCGUCGCCCAAGGACGUGGUGUGGCCGGGCAACGCGACGUCCGCCGCGGCGGCCAACGGGGCGCUUCUCCGGCCGAACGUGUGCACGCCCGAAUCGCGCGUCGGCUACGGGUCCGGCAACAGCGUGUCCGGGCUGGACGGCGCCGGGGCCAGCCCGAACUCGGCCCGCAACUCGACCGGCACGCUGUCCUCGUGGAACUGCGUGGGCAUCAACAACAACGGCCACUCGCAGCAGGCCCUGCAGGUCAACCAGCAGCAGAACAACCACACGUUCUACCCGUGGAUGGCCAUUGCAGGUCAGUCUCUAGGUACAGACACGAAACGGAGUAUUUUUUUAUUAUUAUUA